AGCGGCCCCGGGACCCCGGCGCGGACCCACCCGGCCGAGCCAAGACCCAACGAUGACUCUGAAUAAUGUCACCAUGCGCCAGGGCACUGUGGGCAUGCAGCCGCAGCAGCAGCGCUGGAGCGUCCCAGCCGAUGGCAGGCAUCUGAUGGUACAGAAAGAGCCCCAUCAGUACCACCACCACCACAACCGCCACUCUGCUGCCCCGGAGGACCACUGCCGCCAAAGCUGGUCCUCCGACUCCACAGACUCAGUCAUCUCCUCCGAGUCAGGGAACACCUACUACCGGGUGGUGCUCAUAGGGGAGCAGGGGGUGGGCAAGUCCACUCUGGCCAACAUCUUUGCAGGCGUGCACGACAGCAUGGACAGCGACUGCGAAGUGCUGGGAGAAGAUACCUAUGAGCGAACCCUGAUUGUUGAUGGGGAAAGCGCAACAAUUAUACUCCUGGAUAUGUGGGAAAAUAAGCCUACCUAUGACUUCCAGAACUUUGACAAAUGUGCACUGGCCAACUGUUUGCAGUAA